GAGGACGCCGGGCGGGAGCGCGCGAGCGCGCGCACGCGGGGCCGGGCCGCUCGCUGCCGCGGCGGCCGGGGUUUCCUUCUUCAGCAGCGGUCGCCAGCGCCCCGGACGCUGUGCCUCUGGAGCGAGCGGCCAGAGGGCCGGCAUCCUGUCCGCUGGGCUCGAGGGCGGGCUGCCGGAGCUGCCUCCUUCUGGUGCCUGGGCCGCCCUGAGGAGCGGUGCCAGGCCACGGCGGGCUGACCGGCCCCAGGGAGCCGAGACCGGAGGCGCACGUCUGGCGGUCUCCUGUACCGGGAGGAGGCCGAGGGGACCAUGUCCGGGAGGAACCUCCACCUUUCCACCACCGAGCGCGUCAUCAAAGCUGUCCCCUUUCCUCCAACCCAGCGGCUUACUUUGAAGGAAGUAUUCGAGAAUGGAAAACCUAAAAUAGAUGUUUUGAAAAACCAUUUGGUGAAGGAAGGGCGACUGGAAGAGGAAGUAGCCUUAAAGAUAAUCAAUGAUGGGGCUGCCAUCCUGAGACAAGAGAAGACUAUGAUAGAAGUAGAUGCUCCAAUCACUGUAUGUGGUGACAUUCAUGGACAAUUCUUUGACUUGAUGAAGUUGUUUGAAGUUGGAGGUUCACCUAGUAACACACGCUACCUCUUUCUGGGAGACUAUGUGGACAGAGGCUAUUUCAGUAUAGAGUGUGUGCUGUUUUUAUGGAGUUUAAAGAUUAAUCAUCCCAAAACAUUGUUUCUGCUUCGAGGAAAUCAUGAAUGCAGGCAUCUUACAGAAUAUUUCACCUUCAAACAGGAAUGUCGAAUCAAAUAUUCUGAACAGGUGUAUGAUGCAUGUAUGGAUACAUUUGAUUGUCUUCCUCUUGCUGCCCUCUUAAACCAGCAGUUUCUGUGUGUACACGGAGGGAUGUCACCUGAAAUUACUUGUUUAGAUGAUAUUCGGAAAUUAGACAGGUUUAAAGAACCUCCAGCCUUUGGGCCAGUGUGUGACCUGCUUUGGUCUGACCCCUCAGAGGAUUAUGGCAAUGAAAAGACCUUGGAACACUAUACCCACAACACAGUCCGAGGGUGCUCUUAUUUUUACAGUUACCCUGCAGUUUGUGAAUUUUUACAGAACAAUAAUUUGUUAUCAAUAAUCAGAGCCCAUGAAGCCCAAGAUGCUGGGUAUCGAAUGUACAGGAAGAGCCAAACGACGGGCUUUCCAUCACUCAUAACAAUUUUCUCUGCCCCCAAUUACCUAGAUGUCUAUAACAAUAAAGCUGCUGUAUUAAAAUAUGAAAACAAUGUCAUGAAUAUUAGGCAGUUUAACUGUUCUCCACACCCAUACUGGCUUCCAAACUUUAUGGAUGUUUUCACAUGGUCUUUGCCUUUUGUUGGGGAAAAAGUCACAGAGAUGCUGGUUAAUAUUCUCAACAUAUGCUCCGAUGAUGAAUUGAUUUCUGAUGAUGAAAUUGAAGGAGGCACUACAGUUCGAAAGGAGAUCAUCAAGAAUAAAAUCAGAGCCAUUGGAAAGAUGGCACGGGUCUUUUCAAUUCUUCGGGAAGAGAGUGAGAGUGUGCUGACUCUCAAGGGCCUGACUCCUACUGGUACACUCCCUUUGGGUGUCCUUUCAGGAGGAAAGCAGACCAUUGAGACAGCCACAGUAGAAGCGGUAGAGGCCCGGGAAGCCAUCAGAGGGUUUUCGCUUCAGCACAGGAUCCGCAGUUUUGAAGAAGCCCGAGGUCUGGACCGAAUUAAUGAGCGGAUGCCACCCCGCAAAGAUAGCCAAUACUUUGAUGGGCCAGUGAAAUUGGUAACCCCUGUCCAAGCAAACGCCGUGCACAGGAACGACAGGGGGAGAAGAGCCAGUAAUGACUCGGAGCCCAGCAGUGGUACAGGAGGAUCCAAAACUUAAGAACACAUUUUACUUAUUUAUUAUUGGGAAACAAAACAAAAACAACUUAAACCUGGAGGUGCAUUUAUCCUGUAAGAAAGGUGACCGUUUUGUAAAUUCUUUUAAUUUAUGUUGAAUAUAUAUAAAAAGUGCAUCUGUUUUGUUUUUCCCUUUUCCCCCUGAUUUUUAGGAACUGAUCCGAUUGCCUGAUACAUAUGUGAAGUCUUGUGCUAUAAAGGGGACCGUCCCCUAAUAAAAGGGCCUUGGAAACCUCCACCCUGGGUUUCUGACUUGAACAACUAGCCAGCCUUUUCUCUUGUUUUUGGAUGCUAAAAUCUUUCAUUUCAGACUAAGCGCUUUUCAAACACAGAAGGGUUUUUUCUUUUUCCUUUCUAUAGGGUACCACUGAAGAAGAUCUCUUAAAUUUCAGUGGCUAGAAUUUCUCUUCUUACGGAAAACUUGAUUAUAGAACUUCUAAGUGAAUAACCCAAAUGCAGUGAUUUUAAAGGGCCAAGGGAAAUGUUUUCCAUAAUAACCCACUUUUCUCUGGACUCAGUUAUUCUGACUGUAUUCUAGUACACCAAAAUAAAAAAUAAUGAGGGGUUUUCCUAGAAUUACUUAAAAUUUGUUCAUCUAACCAUGAGCAUGAUUGAUUGAAACUUCCCUUAGAACUUUGGAGGUUUCUUAAAUGUUGCCACAUCCUUUUGCUUUUAUUUUUGAACCCUGGGUGACUUAGUCCAUCUGCAAAGGAAGCAACAGUUCUAAAUAUUUUAUAAAUGCCCUGUGUAGAACCUUGAACGGUCAGACCGUUCUGUGUGUAUACCCUUCUGUGUUACUGCACCAGCUCCCACAUCUAUUCUCCUCAGCAUCCAUCUGUUUUUCUGUGUCAGCAUUUUUGAAACCAACUAGGGUAAUGGAAACUGACUAGGUUAGAAUGGUCCCCUUGCCAACUGGAAGUCUUGCUGAAGGGCAUUGGAUGAGUGAGGAUUUCCUGUCCAUUAAUUACUGGGAUGUUUCUCCAUUUCUCAACACUCAUUAGGUUGAAUUGUGUGUCAGUCUCUGGCAGCCUGUUUUGGAAUAUGGAAACAAUUGUUCAGAUACAAUAUUUGAAUAAUCUUCCUUUAGUUUUUCAAAUCACAAUCAACCCCAUCGUGGCUCAGUGGUUAACAAACCCGACUAGUAUCCAUGAGGACUUGGGUUUGAUCCCUGGCCUGCUCAGUGGAUUAAGGAUCUGGCGUUCCUGUGAUCUGUGGUGUAGGUCGAAGACACAGCUUGGAUCCGGAGUUGCUAUGGCUGUGGCAUAGGCUGGCACCUGUAGCUCCAAGUCAGCCCCUGGGCUGGGAACUUCCAUAUGCCAUGAGUGUGGCCCUAAAAAUACAAGACAAAAAAAAGUGAAGGAAAUUUCAGGGAUCCUUAGGCUCCCAUUUGUGGUUUAGCCUGGUGACAAGUGCCAUGUCAUAAUACUCAUUGGUCAGCUUUACAUUGAGUGUACAUGUCUGGGCGACACCACAUCAAAGUGCAUACUGUGGGAUUAAUGUCAUUUGGCACAGGUGUCCGGCAUUGAGGCAAGUAUCUCAGAAAGUAGUAAUUUAUGUUUGGAGCUUCAUGGACACCAUUUUCAAAACCGUAAUUUCAUGAGAAGAAUGAUUUAGCCCAUCUAUCUCUGUUUCCUUCUGCCUUGCUAACAAUUCCUGAUUUGUUUAUGACUGAGAUCAAAGCAUGUGGGGAUUAGAAUCUGGUGGCAUAGUUUGUUCUGUUAAUCAAAAAGGUAGGAUAUUGGGAAGGAGAUGGAAGAUCUCUUAGCAGUGUGUGAGUAAAACGUUUGAAAGAAAGGAGAAAAAGUCUCAAGCAGUUGUCUUUACUGACCAUCAUUUCUUUAUAACCAAAGAGGAAUUCAUCACUUGCAUAUCCUCAUACCCCUCCCUCCCCCAAGCCCAGUACAGAAACGGCUGCUGCUUUGGAAAUCUCACUAAUGUGCAGGUCAGUUCACGGGACAGGUUUGACGGACAGGACUCCCUGAUCCCUUUCUCUUUCCAUUGAGGCUACUGCUGUACAUACACACGCACAAGGAGAAGCCCUGAGCUUCACUCUUAAGGGCUUCACUCAGCAAGGCACAUAGUGAAAUAGUUAUUACAAAUCUUUAUAAGCAAAAAAAUGUUUUAGUGAAAAGGAUGAUUACUUUGGAAAUCACCUUCAUUGUCUUUUCAAAAUGAAGUAGUACGGUAAAGCAGUUUUCCUUGACAGCCAUGUGAAAAGAUGUAUUUUAUAGGUAUCCUUUGAGCUGUUGAAGGAUCCGCUGGAGUACAGAGUUAAGUUGUCAUGAUUCAAGAAAAUUGGAGAGGGCUCACAAGGGCGCAACAACAGCUCUUGAAGGAAGUUAGGUUUGGAGAUCCCGUUGAAUGCUAAAGGUAAAGGCAUUUCGUAUGUUCUAUUGAAAGCUGGGGUGUAUAUUUCAGCACUUUAGAAAGUUGUGUGGUGAGUGCGUCUAUGACACACGUAGCUUCUUAAAGCCAGACCAGCAAUCAGUGUAUAUAUAUAUAUUUGCACCUGUGAUUCAGGACAGUUUAGAAGGCAUGAAUCUUAGGAAUAUAUUGUAAUAACAGUAUUUGUUCUUCACUUUAGACUUCAUUGGAGGGUUUUAACAUAUCAUUUAAGGUUUUAAUCUAAACAGUAGCUCUUGAGAUGACUGGGUGACCAUAGGACUACCUGAGGCCUGAUAGUCUGCCUAGGGCCCUCAUAUCAAACAAACCUUUUAAACUGUCAGCAUUCUGCAGUGUUGCUGUUUUCAAAGCCUCUUCUGUUUUUACUAAAUCCUCCUCCUGUAUGAUCUAAAGAUACUAAAAAUACUUUUCUCUUGUUCUCCUUCACUUGAAGGUCCACAGAGACCUUAUGCAACUUCUCUCAUCUGGUGGGGGGGUUGGGGUUGACAGGGGACACUUCUCACGUCAGUUCCCUAGACCUAUCAGAGGGCCCCUUUGUAAACUUUUCUGAAAUAACUUUUUGUUUUUUGAGGGCCGCUUCCACAGCAUAUGGAGGUUCCCAGGCUAGGAUCUAAUGGAGCUGUAGCCACCGGCCUUCACCAGAGCCACAGCAAUGCAGGAUCCGAGCCAUGUCUUUGACCUACACCACAGCUCACAGCAACUCUGGAUCCUUAACCCACUGAGCGAGGCCAGGGAUCAAACCCACAACCUCAUGGUUCCUAGUCAGAUUUGUUUCUGUUGGGCCAUGACAGGAACUCCCUAAAAUACCGUUUUAGAAAUGAUACUUCCCAAGGAGCAGUUUUCCCAAUUUUGUUACGUUUGUAUCAUAUGAAUUUUUUUUUUCUUUCUGUCUUUUCUAGGGCCGCACCUGCAGCAUAUGGAGGUCCCCAGCCUAGGCUAGGGGUCAAAUCAGAGCUACAGCUGCCGGACUACACCACAGUCACUGCAACGCCAGAUACGAGCUGAGUCUGUGAUCUACACCACAGCUCACUGCAACGCCGGAUCCUUAACCCACUGAGCGAGGCCAGGGAUUGAACCCGCAACCUCAUGGUUCCUAGUCAGAUUUGUUAACCACUGAGCCAUGACGGGAACUCCCAUAUCAUACAAAUUUCAAAUUGAUUAGAUGACAGUUCUUAUUAGGAAAAAUUUUAAAACUCAUCUAAUGCAAUUUCAAUCUCUGUUUUGAAUAUUUAGUGCAAAAGCAAAACAAUAAACUGUGUGUGUGUGUGUGUGUGUGUGUGUGUGUGUGUGUGUGUGUGAUGGAAUACUAAAACAAAAGUAGCCUGUUUUCUUUAAAACCUCAAGGUAACACUUUGAAGAUGGGUAUAGACAUUGCUGAUUCUUGCAUUUUUUGACUAGCUAUUGACCAGCAAAGUGAAAAUGGCUUGUCACACUGAUGAGCUUGAUACGGUUUCUUGCCUAGAGAUAGAAGAAGCCAACUCUCCAGGAAUAUCAGUAUUUUUCAUGUCCUUUUAUCUGUAUUUACAUUGCCUUUUCUGUUCCUACAGAAGAGUUGCAGUUCAAUGAAGCAAACUUUUCUCAAUAGCAAAGAUUUGCUCUCUUAUCUGGAUUACUGACUUUCUGACACUGUUCAAAGUCAGAAAAGGUCUUGUUUUGUAAGCAGGAUAUUAUUAUUUAAUGUCACUAUGGAGUAAGGGUGAGAUUUCUUACAACUGGAUAACUUUGCGGCCUUGGCAUUGUCUCCUAGAUCAUCUUCUGAGUAAUUUCAGAACACAGAGUUUGAGGCAGCUGCUUUCUAUAAGAAAAAUAUUAUAAACCAUGCCUGUGUGAGACACAGCCGAGCUCACUGCUCAUGGCCAUUACUCAAGAUAUCUCUCCAGCUUCUCAGAGUGAGUAAGGCUGAAAUCUGUUCCCUCUACCUUCCCUUGUUUUAUGUAAAUAUUAAAACUGAUCUCCAGAAUUUUUGACUACACCAUGUCUACAAAUAUAAAACUCAAGCUCUUGAGAAUUAAGUUUGUCCUGCCCAAUCUAGGUGACCAGUCAGUUAAAAUGGCUUAGGAAGAGCUUGUACCAGAUUGACUAGUUCAUGGGUUUUCUUUGUAUCAAUUGUCAAGUUCUUUCCUUCAGCUUUUGUACUGAAAAUUAUUUCUGCACCCAUAAACACUUAUUGAGAUAUCAUUCUAGAAUCUCCAAUGUUUAUUAUACUUGUUUUAGUAACAGUGGAACCCAAGUGCUUCUUAAAACAUUAUUCAGCUUUCCCAACACAGGCUGGAGGGUGGGUGAACCCAGAGCCCCAGUUGUGGGGAGAAGGCUCCAGUUUCCUGAAUUUGUGGUUAUCAUCAUGGAUACCACCUUGUCUGGCACCCAGGUCCACAUCUUUUCUGAAAACUGCUGUAAGAGUGAGUACAGGGCAGCCUAGGGAGCCCCAGCAGCAGCAGCAGGAGGGUUCAGUUUACCUGGAGGGCAGUCCCCAAGCGUUGUAAUGCCAUAGCCUGUCCUCAGCACUGCUGUGAUCAAAGGCUCGUAGCAAAGCCCUAAGAGAGCAGAUGCUUAUAGAGGAAGAAAGUUGUAUGGGAAAAACAGGGUUGUUACUCUUGAACAAUAGAGCUUCGUGCCAUUGACAGAGUGUGAAAGAGGGAACCUGCGUUCCUUUGAAACGUGUGACCUGACCUGCCAGUGUCUAGCCAGCCAAAGUGAAUGGGGUCAGGGUUACCUGCCUUCUUCUAUGCAGUCACAAAGGUGAAGGUGAUCCUGGAGAGUAUAUUCCCUCCCGGGAGGCCAUGGCCUCAUGCCCCAGCAACCUUGGCAAGACUUGCUAAAGAACACCUUUGUCCAAGACAGGGUUAUCCAUCUUCUCCUCUUCUCCACCCUCAAGACAAGUCUGGGUGGCUUAAGAUCAAGAAGUGAGGACAUGGACGUGGACCAUCCCUCUGAGCAGCUCUGAAGGAGGGCCAUGCACACUGCCUUCCUGUAAGUUCUUGCCCAGAUUCCCUUCACUCCCUUAACAUAGCGAUCUCCAAGUAACUUCUUUUUUUGCAUGUUAAAGUGCAUGUGAUAACAAAGAGGUCUACUGUAGAUUUUGACUUGUGGCAGUAAAGAUGUGGUUUUGUCUGUCAGAGAACCUUUCUGAAGAUGCCAUCAAGAGCACCUGACUUCUCCUUUCUCAGAGCACUGUGACCAGCAGCUAUGUUUCCUAACAGAAAUGUCAUUCAGUGGGCACUUUCCAAAAAAGGGUCCUAAAAGAGGUGGUCAGAUGUAUGAGACUAGCUGGUGGCGUCAUUUUUUAAAGGCUUUUCUGGAUGAUGGAUUAUUUGCUUGUGCUUAGAGGUUACUUGCUCUUUCCUGCUUUCGGUUAUGUUAAAGCAAAUGGUGGAAAUGUUAUUUGUUGGCAGAAAUCAGUUAAUAAGUCUUUUUUUGGUGUGUGAACGAGAAAUUAACUUGUUAAAACUUUCUUACUGUAAAUUGGAAGUCAUCUUGGAAAAAAAAAAAGAAGAAGAAAACACUCCUAAAAUUAAAGAUAACUUUAUUG